AUGAACAAAUUGGACACGCAAGAUCUGUUUGAAAUCGGUCCAUACGACACAUGGGCAGCCUUCACUUAUGACUGGGACCAACCACUGGCGGCCGAUUUGCCAAGUCAACCAAGCCAUGAACCUGGUCACGUCGAUCGUCUGCGUGUAAGGAGCUCUAAGCCGUUAUUGGAUGAAGACUGCGACCUGUUUGAUCCUGAAGUAAUGGACAAGUUUCUGAUUGACGUGGUUGAGUCAAACAACUGUAGGAGUAACUAUGCAAGCUCUGCACUCUCCUGUGGAAUCCUAGAAACAGAGGGCACACCACCGCCCAACACUGAAAGGCAGGCAAAGGCCAUAUCAAAUACCAGUUCCCCUAUGACAGAAGUGGUUAUUGACAUCCCCGGGGAGCGUCGUCGUGCCCAAAAUCGUGCAGCUCAACGGGCACACCGUGAACGACAGAAACGCUACGUAGCUCAGCUUGAGAAGAGAUUUUUCGCUCUGCAAGCCAACUACAACCACUUGGAUGAAAAGUACAAGAGGGUCGAGAAAGAAUACCAGUCCUUGAUCAGAAUGCUUUUCUCUCGACAACCACCGACAACUUCUCCUGUCUCGCAAGCAAGCACAGACUCCUUUCUGUCUACAUGCAGCCACGACUCACUCUUAGCGAACGAGCUUUUGCUGUGCGAGCAUCAACAUGAUCAGGUAUUGGCAUUAGAAAUGGACGAGACGUUGCCGUCAAAUCUUGGAGUGCCCUGA